AGCAGCUAGAAGAGUAAUAAUUAUUCUAGAUUGAAUGCAAACCAUCGGAGCGCAUCGAAGGUCGGACUGCUGAUGCAGGUUAUAAAAAACAAAUACAUAUAACGUUAUUCGUCUUAUUAUGAGUAACCUUGAUUACUAAAAGGCCCCCAGCAGCAGAAAAUGUGAAAGUUGUUACAGACUAAACUAAAGUGGACGUCAGUAGUCAGUAGUCAGUAGUCAGUAGUCAGCAGUCAGCAGUCAGCACCAGUACUGAACAGUACUGACCAUUAUUUUGCAGAGCUCUCAGUCUCAGCUCAGUCAAAUUGUCGGUUUAUCCAUCCUACCGUUGCCGUGUUACCCGGGUUCUUUAUACCUAGUGAGAGAAGAAUGGCAUCCAAAUUGAACAUUCCACUGGCCAGUGGGCAAAAUAUGCCUGCUCUAGGAUUUGGAACGUGGCAGGCAUCCGAAGAGGAAAUUGUAACAGCUUUGGAUUCUGCUUUGGAAGCUGGAUACAGACACAUUGAUUGCGCAGCUGUUUACAACAAUGAAAAGGCAAUUGGACGAACUUUGAGAAAAUGGAUUGACUCUGGAAAAGUUAAAAGAGAAGAGCUUUUCAUCGUGACUAAGGCAUAACAUCACGCACACUGCAUUCGGAAAAUUUCUACAGGGCGUUAACGGUACUAAAAAAU